UAGGAGGCUAUGCAUGGUGGGAUGUGUUGCAUGGUGUUCUGUGUGUAGGCGCUCUUAACGCGUGUUGCCUGGCGUUACAUCGCGUUCGCCGACUUCUCUGCGUUAGCGAACACAAGCUUUAUUUUUCCAGUGCAGUGUAUUUAUUAGCGUUGUGCAGCAUGUCAAGCCCGGGCAGAGGUGUCAUUGCGCGGAUAUGGAGAAAUUUUCUAGCAUCCAUCACGACGAAACAGCUUCCUCAGCGCGAGGUUGGUCGCGAUCAUUUUGGCAACAAGUACUUUGAAAUUGCGGCCGAUCCCAGCAGAGGAAAACGAAAGCCAAGGCGCUGGUUUGAGCCGCGCACUAAAGACAACUUCGCCGCGGACAUGCCCCCAGAGUGGGAAGCCUGGUUGCGUGGUCGCCGUUCCUUCCCUCCAAGUCAAGAGGAAAUUGCCCACAAUGAAGAGAUUAAGAAACUAAAGCAACAAAGAGCUGCACUUUCUGAAAGGAAUCUAAUGGAGGUACACCAGCAGAAAGGAGGCAGCCAAGCACAAUUGCCUACUGGAUUCCCCAUGUAUGACGACUACAAGGAGGGGAAUGAAGAAAUGAAUCGUGGCUCCACGGAAUCAUCCAAGUAGCCCCACCUCAGCUUGUGGUGCAUGCAGGCCUUCGCAGGGACACUGUCUUCGACUCCUCAAGAUCCUUAGUUCUGAGUGGCACCGACAAGCUCGUUUCUACAAGCAGUGUUUGUUUCUCUCGCUCCAAGGGACUACGAACUACAAUGGAGGCAAGAAGUGGCUCGAUCACCGUGACCUAGCUAAUGCGGCGGUGGAAUUUCGUUGGCGGCAGAUGCUGACUGAACUACGAGCUUCGCUGCCAAAAAAGCCCUCCCCCAGCAAGGAGGGACUGCAUUCUCUGGCGAAUGUGUCUUUGCCUGAGAACAUACGCAGUGUGCUUAGCCGCGGCCCCAAGUAUGCUUUUGAACCAAGAAGGUCAAGGGCGGAACUUCUGGGCCUGGUCCGCAGCAUUUCUAGGAAGGUACCUGCUGACUAUGCCAAGAGCUGUGUUUCUGAGGGUUGUGACAUUCUUCGUAACCAUAGAGCAGGCUUGACCAGGGUUUCUGUAAAGAAAGUAAAAUCCUUCCUGAAGGAUAAGUCAUUGUCCUUGGUAGCAGCAGAUAAGGAGGGAGGUUUUAUUAUUCCGAAUGAAAUUUAUAAGAAAAAAGCUGGUGAAACGCCUUUGUUUUUCAGCCCCAAGCUAAUGUGUCAAUUCCGAAGGUUAAAAGCUAUGCAAAAAGUCUCUGUAAAAGAUUGAAUCUUAAUGGUUUGGUAAAAAAGAUGGAUGGCAAGAAAAACCUUAGCAUGGAAAUUUUCUUUAACGCGAAAACGUACAAAGUUAACUGUGCUUUGUGUUAUAGUAUCAGAGGUGAACGUGUGGCAAAACAUACUGGCACAAUUUCUUCAGGGUAAACUGAUGUUAUUAAGCAUAGACGAUCCAUUCCUAGCUAAAAGUUCCUAUGAUGUGAUUUCCGUGUUGAAAGAUAACAAAGUUUAUGGCUACCAGGCAUGCUCAAUAGAUAUUAAAGAUCUGUACUACUCAUUGCCACACAGUGAGCUUCUAGCUUCCAUUCGCGGGUGCAUUGACAGUUUUGGCGUAGUGAAUUAUCAGAAUGCAGUAGGUAUACCUGUUGAAGGUUUUAUGGAACUGCUAGAGUAUUACCUGAGGUCGACAUUUGCAGAGUGGGAUGAUCACAUUUACUUGCAACGUCAAGGGGUGUGCAUAGGAUCAUGCCUUGCACCCAUUUUGAGUGAUUUAUUUUUAGGCAGCCAUGAUUGUGCCAUUCAUAAUUGCUUGGAAUCCACAACUGUUAAGAGAGUAUUCCGCUAUGUUGACGACUUCCUCGUGUUGUUUCAAGCUGGAACCUCGUCGGACGGUUCGCCUUUGACUACUAUUUUAGAAAUUUUCAGUAAGUGCCUUUCUCCGCUUGUUAUAACACAUGAAGUUCCGGACAGAGGAGCCAUCAGGUUCCUAGAUUUGAUGUUAACAUUGAGUCCUUCCCACGUGUGUUGGGCCUAUGAGCCACGCUCUAACAAGCCAGUCCUCCCUUUUGGUUCAGCACAUUAAAAAGUGGUGAAGCGCGCUAUUGCUAAGACUUGCUACACGAACGCUCUGCGAAGGUCCUGCCAUCACACGAUUCAGUCCAGCUUUAAUCAGCAAACUAAACGCCUUACUGAAGCUGGUUUCCCGACGUACGUUUUGACCACCGUUUCCGAGUGUCUACUCCGAGAAAUCAGAACAAGCCCAGAGAAUAGUGCUCAAACCCGUAUAAAGGAUAAGGUACGGGAGAAACGAAACUUCGCCGUUAUUCCCUAUAUCCACGGCGUCACCCACAACCUCAAAAAAGUGGCCAGCAGGUGCGAUGUAGACCUGGUUUUUUCUGCUCCAGAAAAACUGGCUAGGUUGUGCAGGGCCGUGAAUCCUGAUUCCAGGGUUGAGCGAGGCUGCAAAAUCAAGCAUCGGAAGAAGUACGUUCCAUGCAUUGAAGGGGUGGUGUACCCUCUACCCCUGUCCUGCGGCAAGUGGUACAUCGGCCAAACAGGCAGGUGUUUAAAUGAGCGGCUGAAAGAGCACACUCACAAUGUAUCCUCUACAGUUUCGGGCCACCUCGGCAUUCAUUGCCGAGACUGCAGUUGUGUCCCCGAUUUUCAGCUUUGUACCGUCAUUAGGCGUUAUCGGGACCAGAUGAUGCGUGAAAUUUAUGAGGCUGCAGAGAUAGAAAGGCUGGGCAGUGCAUGUGUCAGCAGGACUUCAAUUGCACUAUCGCAAAAAGAAAGAGAUUUUCUUCGGUACGUUAGCACACGUGUUGUUCAUGGUGCGUUGUGGCGAUGAUUACGUGGUUGUUAGCUGGAUUCUGUUUUCUUCGUUUUGUAUUUUUUCUUUUUUUUGUCAGAUACUGCCCAAGUAUAUAUUGUGCGGUUCUAGCAAAUAAAUCUUGUUGUA